CCGGGUUCGAUAUUUUGCAUACUGAAGUAGCACCAGUCGCGUUUCGCGAACUUGAAAACAUGUUGCCUCGACGAUCUUGUCUGGCUCUGCCAACUAUAGCCAGAUUGGUGCGGUUCAAUGGCAGCAGCAGCCACAUGAGUGCUCCACUGUUGCCUACUCGAAAACUGGAAUCGGAGGCUCCUGCACCAUUGACGGAAGAAGAGUUUUCUUCCAUGAUCAUUCAUGGACGCAGCCUAUAUCCCCCGUCAUACCACCCCCGCACCCAUUCAGUUCCAGUCGCUCAGCUGCAAUUCCGCGCAUAUCACCAUCAAUUCCUUGAACUGUACAUGCAUUUUGUAGGACAUGCAGCUGCAGCAUUAGGCAUCCCAAUUUCACGCCCGGUGUACUUGCCAACGCAACGCUCGCUAUGGACUGUACCUCGCGGUCCGUUCGUGCACAAGAAGAGUCAAGAGAACUUUGAACGGAAGGUGCACAAACGUGCAAUUAAAGCAUGGGAUGCAGACCCCGAGGUCGUCGACCGUUGGGUGCGGUAUAUCGCUCGACAUGCGAUGCCUGGAGUUGGGUUGAGAGUGACUCAAUGGAAGAGGGCACCUCCUGGUAUCGGACAACAGAUGGUAGAUGCGACGGUGGGCACAACCAGACUGGGCUCCGGUGCCGAUAACGUCAAGGCGUUGGCGAAGAAAAUUGUGCAGCAAGAACUUUGAUCUUUUAUACUCUAUCUUUUGUCUAUCUCCCACUAUAAUCACCUGGUGGUCUGUAGUUGCCAUGCAUGAUAUUACUGUAACUAGAGUACCGACCCCAUUUGAACCCAUGCAUGUUUUACUGCUAUCCUACACAGCCAGAGCUUGUCAGCGUCAGUGUAGUUUCAACCUUUAAGUUUUAAGGGUGAUGCUGAUCACGCUUUGAAU